GACUAUUUAUUAUUUUAAACCAAGCACGUGCGUCUGAUAAACGUGUUUUUGUUUGAAAAUCAAUUUAAAAGCAAUUUAUAUAUUAUGGAAGAUGCUCACCCAGGGGCUGCGCCAGCCAACAACUUGGUUACAAAUGUGGAGGCAGCAGCGCACCUAACUACAAAAGAAGAGGCCACCAAUGCAAAGACCGUCGUGCCUGAAGAAGCAGCUGUUGAGGCGGAAACAAAUAAAAGUGAUUCAACAAGCAUUGUUGACGAAUUAACCACAAAUACGAUGCCCACAUCUCAAAUAGAUGCAUACAAAGAAAAUCCAGUCGAUACGUUGAUAAGCAGCCAGGUGGAAGCACAUGCUGGGCCCCAAACAGUAGAAAGUCUAAGUGCUAUGCCUGUUGAGUCAGCAGAACUAAAAGUGCCUAUAAAUAUCACAAAGCCAGUUGACGCAGAACUGAGCUGCGAGGGAAUAGAUGGUGGUGCUCAAGUGGAACCCACAACGGCUGCGAGUGCAGUGAUUGAUACAGAGAUGAGCAAUGAGCCUGUAGUCGGUAAUCCUAUAGAGGAACUCACAACCGCCUCGACUGUAAAGGCAGAAGCAGAGCUAGGCGGCGAAGGACCAGUUGCUAAUCCUCAAGUGGAACCCACAGCGGCUGCGACUGCAGUGGAUGAUACAGAGAUGAGCAAUGGGUCAAUAGUUCCCAAUCCUAAAAAGGAACUCACAACUGCCUCGACUGCAAUUCCAGAGGCAGAGCAUGGCGGCGAGGGAAUAGGCGCUAAUCCUCAAUUGGCAAUGACAGCCGUUGCCAAUGAAGUCGUGGCUGUCAAUCCACAAGUGGAUCUCACAGUAGUUGCUAAUCCUCAAGUGGAACUCACAACCGCUGUAACUGCAAUGGAAUGCGAAACGUUGUCGGAGGCGCCAACAAACACGGCAGCAGCAAAACCAUUAAACGGGCUCAGCUUGCUGGCUGCCUACGGCUCUGAUGUGGAUUCAGAUGUGGAGGAUGUAACCCAAGUAGAAGAUAGCGACAACGAUGACAUAGUUGAGGUGCCCGUCAACAGUUCCGCGAUACGUCGACAAGUUGUGCCCGUGAGCUCGGGUAGCGACAGCAGCAGCAGCAGCAGCGACUCGGACUCAAACUCUGAGGCCGAAUAUCUCACGGUGCUGCGCAAGAAAAUAGAGAAGCGCAUCAAUACCGAGGAUUGUGAGGAUGAGGAUGACGAUGACGAUGUGGAGGGUGAUGCACGGCCCCGUCGUCGCCAGCCGCCAAAAGUGCGCGGCGAGAUGCUUUUGGAUGAGCUGCCGCCCAUACACCAGCUGGAGAUAACCGUGCCAGAGGAUGAGUGCAUUGAGCUGGGCAAAGUGCAUUCGAUAGUGGAUCAACUGGUGCUGGUUAGUGUGCUGCCCAAUUCCAUGCUCUUCGAUCUGGACACUGUGCUGUUUCUGGAAAAAGGACGCAAAGUGCUGGGUCAGGUGUUCGAUGUGCUCGGCCAGGUGGCCGAUCCGCUUUACUGUGUGCGUUUCAAUACCAAUCAGCAGAUCAAGGAGCGCAACAUUAACAUUGGCGACAUUGUCUACUGUGCGCCGCAGACGGAGCACACACAAUUCGUUAUACUCUCCAAGCUGAUGCAGGUGCGCGGCUCGGAUGCCUCGUGGGAGCAUGAUGUGGAGCCGCCGGCGCGUUUCAUUGAUUACUCAGACGAUGAGGCGGAGCGGGAGGCACGCUGGGAGCAACGCAAGAAGCGACAACGUGAGCGCACCAAUUCCACGGACUCCGUGGAUACGGUGACCACAACAAACACCGAGACAAGUGAGCUGCCGGCCGCGGCUCCUCGACAACGUGGUCGACGCGCUCAACGCCAGUCGCAGAAUUACUCAAAUCGCAAUCAGGCAAGGGAGCAGCACAGUCAAGCCCGUUCGCAAUCGAGUGAGACAGAGUACAACUAUCAUCCCAGCUACAAUCCGGGCAGCUGGCACUCCAACUAUUAUCACAAUUAUCAUCCGCCGGCGGCCAAUUUCAAUAUGAUGCCAGGCAUGCCGUUUCCCAUGCCCGCACAUGGCUAUGGCUAUAUGCAAGCGCCGCCACCUCCGCCACCGCAUCCCUAUGCCAUGCCCCCGCCCAUGGCCAUGCCUCCGCAGAUGUACCCGGGCUACGGCCAGCCCCCACAGCCCCCCAAUUAGAACUUAAUGCGCCUAUUUUAUUUACUUUAUUCCAAUAAAAAAAAAUAUUUGUAAA